AAUCUAUACAACAAAACAAAAUAGUAAUAACUUAUACUAAACUCCAGUAGAUAUCACUACAGUGUUCGAAUUACCAGUUCAUUAGUCGGUUGUUUACAUGAUGCGUGGUUGUUCCUUAAAGCACAUUUUUUAUUGUUUAAUUGUAUUAGUUUUUAUCUAUGUUGUAUUCCACCCGGACCGACAUGCUAAGAUUUACUCUUAUAUUUCCGAUGAUAACAUAUUAUCAAAAAUUAUCUCGAAUUACGUUCAAACAUCUACGGAUAACCUACAAAACUGUGAAUACAAACAAAUGCUAGAAAGUGCAUUUGAAAUAUUCGAUAUUAAUGACUUAUUUAAACAUGACUACAAUAAUAUAAAAGCAGGAGGUGAAUAUACUCCUGAUUGUCUACCAAAAUUCUCAACUGCUGUGAUAGUGUGUUAUCGAAAUAGGACUCAACAACUAGAUGCUUUUAUUAGAUAUAUGCAUUCAUAUCUUCCUAAGCAAAAUAUACAUUACCGAAUAUUUAUUGCUGAGCAAAAUGACUCUGCACCCUUUAAUAGAGCAUUAAUGCUAAAUUAUGGCUCCAUGAUUGCCAUGAAAUACAAUUUUUCAUGUUUAAUUCUACAUGAUGUUGAUUUACUUCCACUGAAUAGUGGAAAUAUUUAUGCCUGUACUCAACAACCAAGGCAUAUGUCCUGCAGUAUUGAUAUAAUGAGAUUUAAUUUACCUUAUUAUGAAAUUGUUGGUGGAGUACUUGCAAUACAGUCUGAACAAUAUAAGCUGAUAAAUGGCAUGUCUAAUCAAUAUUAUGGGUGGGGUGGUGAAGAUGAUGAUCUCUAUAGGAGAAUGAUAGCCAAAAAAUUGCAUCCAAUUAGGUUUUCACCAUGGAUUAGUAAAUAUACAAUGUUGUUUCACAAGCAUGAAACACCAAGUCCUAACAGAUACACUGUUCUGGCUGAUUCACUAAAACGACAAGAAUCUGAUGGGCUCAAUACAUUAGAUAGAAACUAUGAAGUUAAAUUAAGACCUUUAUUCACUCAUGUUAUUGUAAAUUGAUUGUGUGUGAGUUUGUGUGUAUUUUUAAUAAAUUAUUUCAUUAUUACAAUACAAA